ACAGAUCCUAAUGGUAAGUUUGUUUCUCCCAUUCUUACAUGUUUUGAUAUCUUCUCUCCUAGUACUCCUUGUCUAACUGAAUUAAUAACCAUCAUGUAAUCUUUAAGGAUGUAUAGAAACAUAAGGAGAGACCCAAGCUUGAGAACCCGAGAUCACUAGUUAACCAUAACCCUAAUACCAUGUUGAGAAUAAAGACGGGCCUUGAGACUCAAGCUUUAGAACUUGAGAUGUCAAGACCUUUGAUUAACUUGUAACUCUGAUACCAUGUUAAAAAUAACAACUUUCCUAGAAGCUUAAGGAGAGAUUUAAACUCGAGACCUUAAUCAUAGCUCUGAUAUUUCUAGUUUAGUUUAAGUUACCAACUUUUAGGCUAGUCACCUCAUGUAGAAAUCAAUUAACAUUCCAUUAGGACGAGUCUUAUUGUAUAUCUAAUAAUCUCUCCUCCAACAGGACUCAAAUCUAUGAUGUUAAGCUCAAGGUUUUAGUCAUCUCAUCUGAAAAUCAAUUGGCUUUCCAUAAAGAUAUAUAGAGCUAAUCCGUUUUUAGAUAAUUCGACAGCAAUAUUCACGUGGAUUAAACAACUUAAACAGAUCAGAAAAUGUCCUGGGGUUUGAUGCUUUGCUAGGAAGCUGACAAAAUGAAAGUCUUCCUUUUUGUGUUACUUAGUUUGGGCAUUCAUUUUGCUUAAAAUUUCACAUUAUUUCUACUAAUACUGUUCUAUCCAUCAAAGGGCCAAUGUACUACAAUGGAGUUUACCAUCUGUUCUAUCAGUACAAUCCCUAUGCUGCAGUAUGGGGUAACAUUACAUGGGCACAUUCCACAUCUUAUGAUCUUGUCAAUUGGGUUCAUCUUGAACUUGCUAUUAAACCAACUGACCCUUUUGACAUCAAUGGUUGCUGGUCUGGUUCUGCCACAAUCCUUACCGGAGAAGAACCUGUCAUUAUAUACACUGGAAAAGAUUCUCAAAACCGCCAAGUCCAAAACUUGUCUGUGCCCAAGAACAUAUCUGACCCACUCCUUAGAGAAUGGAUAAAAUCACCCCAUAAUCCUCUAAUGACUCCUAUUGAUGGCAUUGAUGCAAGCAAUUUCAGAGACCCUACCACUGCUUGGCAAGGCUCAGACAAAGUAUGGAGAAUUCUUGUUGGAAGCCUGAUAAAUGGUCAUGGCACAGCACUUCUUUAUCGAAGUAGAGACUUUGUGAACUGGAAUAAGAGCCAAACCCCUCUUCAUUCAUCCAAUAAAACUGGAAUGUGGGAGUGUCCAGACUUCUACCCUGUCAGUAUUAGCAGCAGAAAUGGGGUUGAAACCUCUGUUCAAAAUGCAGAGACACGCCAUGUGCUUAAGGCAAGCUUCAAUGGGAAUGACUACUACAUAAUGGGAAAAUAUGUGCCUGAAACCGAUACCUAUCUGGUUGAGACUGGUUUCCUGGAUGCGGGUUCAGAUUUGAGAUAUGAUUAUGGGAAAUUUUAUGCAUCCAAAACAUUUUUUGAUGCUGCGAAAAAGAGGCGGAUACUGUGGGCCUGGAUACAAGAAGCUGACAAAGAUACUGAAAAAGGAUGGUCUGGGCUUCAGUCCUUCCCUAGAAGUGUUUUGCUCGAUCAAAAUGGCCAACGAUUAGUACAGUGGCCGGUCAAAGAAAUAGCGAUACUACACAAGAACCAAGUGACCUUCCACAAUAAGGAGCUGAGGGGUGGUUCUGUAAUUGAAGUUUCUGGUAUCACAGCUUCUCAGGCUGAUGUAGAAGUUUCAUUUGAUUUCCCACAUUUGGAAGAAGCUGAGCUGAUGGAUCCAAGUUGGACUGAUCCCCAAGCCCUCUGUAGUCGAAAGAAUGUAUCAGUUAAAGGCGGGAUCGGGCCAUUUGGCUUGUUGGUUUUGGCUUCAAACAAUUUGACAGAACAAACUGCAAUCUUCUUUCGCAUCUUCAAAAGUACUCAAGAGAAACACAUCGUGCUUAUGUGCAGUGAUCAGAGCAGGUCCUCUUUGAGACAAGACGUGGACAAAACCAUCUAUGGAGCUUUUGUUGAUAUAGACCUUAAUCACGAGCAGAUUUCGCUCAGAAGCUUGAUUGACCAUUCUAUUGUUGAGAGUUUUGGGGGGAAGGGGAAGACUUGCAUUACUGCCAGGGUUUAUCCAGAGUUGGCUAUUAAUACAGAAGCACACCUUUAUGCAUUUAACAGUGGAAAUCAGACUCUGAAUAUCUCAACACUUAGUGCUUGGAGCAUGAAGAAUGCUGAGAUGGUUCCUACCAAUUGAAGGAGGAAGCCCCACCGGUCACCUCAACUAUGAAGAAAGCACAACUCUUGGGCUCUUCACCACCAUAUGAUGUAUCAUUUUUCUAUUUUUGGUCCCUUUUGUUUUACCGAUUAUCUCUGUUUUUCUGUAAUCGCCCCAAAUAUGAUUUUAGGGGUAAAAUAGUCUUUUUAUAAAAAUAAAUAA